GGUACGAGCAAUGUUGCUCCUUCAAGCCUGACCCCAAGGAACCUAUCUUCAUUAGUUCGAACUUCCAACAGUUAUUCUUUCGCUGAUGCUGGUCUCUGGAGCAAUAUUAACCCUACUCGAUUUCGUCAGUUUAUUUUCUGAGCGUACAGGACGUUUCCAAUAAACUGCGAUAAAAAGGUUUGCGUGCGAAAUAUUAGCCUUGCCGAGAGACUGCCGCGAAGGAAAACUUAUGGAGCGCGAUAACUCGGUGCAUCGACGACGUCAGCGCCAACGGAGCAAGAGAGAAUCCACAAUGAACCUCUUGGUAAGUGAGAGCUUCUGCUGCCCAUGUUCGCCCUAGUAUAGUCACUCAGUACGCAUGCUCGAUAUCGGUAAGUUUUUGCUUGUAAUAUUCUUUGCACUUUGUCGGCUCGGCACACUCAGUGCACUCCGACAUCUUCACGAGAUACCGCCGGCUUCGGGUGCUAUUGUGUCUAUCACGUCAUGCUAUGUUGCUGUACGUUCAACCAGUUCUGUUUCCUCUUUGCGGUUCUUUCCUCACUACUAUGGCGACCUCUGUUUCAUUUCACGGCGCUGUUGGACCACAAACUUCGACAACACCAUCGACUUUCUCUUCCCAGCAAUUCUCGAAGACGCUAUGUCUUGAUCGUGCAUUCCUUUCCUCUCUCAACGUCUAUGUCGAUGGUCUUUUAACGACAAAAUUCUAGACGAAUUACUGGGCAAUUUUCGCAAGUAUCGCAAUUGGUAUCAAUCACACAUUUCACUCACAAAACCAUGUAGUGUCUUAUUUUAGUUCAGACAGCCUGAAAGAAGCUGAGCAGACUCCAUUGAACGCACCAGAUUCCAGAACACACUAUCUGGCAAUGUU